AUGAAGGGCCUAAACCGUUGGUUGACAGGCAAUGGCAGGACGGGGACAAUGACUAGUAAUACCGAGCGCCCUGUCAGCCGCACAACCGCCGGUGCAUCUUCCCCUACCGUCGAUUCCGCUGUUGCUCCAACGCCCUCCUCUUCCCAUUCUUUUGAGUCGCCUUCCCCUUCACCACAACCCGCGACGCCGGUCGACUCGUCGUCACACAUUAAUUAUCUCGGCCUCAGCCCAACACGCACCAAGCCCAUCAACAUCGCCAUCCCCAAGAUCCGCACCUCCAAUUCUGCAUCGCCCGUCGCCGCCCACUUGGACAUUGGCAAAAGCAAACAGCCGAACCGCAUAUCUGGAAUCGAUCAAGCCUGCGACUCGGCCUUUGAACUCGGCCCCGACCGCGAUUUGAACUUCGAUCUCACAAUCACCAUUGACGACUACGAUACAGAAAUGACGACAGGACCGGCGCUCGACUCGGCCUUUGGCCGCAGUCGCCAGGACUCCUUCGUGAGCGCUGGCCCCAAACCCAUCUCCAUGAAUCCCAAUCGCGACCACGGGCGCGCGCGCCGGGAGAGCCUUGCUGGUAGUUUGAUGAACGGUAUGAGCUGGGGGGGCAUCUCGGUGGGCAGUUACAUUAAGGACGAACAUUCUGGCCUCACGUGUGAAUCAUUCACUGUAAUCCGAAUCUGUUGUGCCUUGACUGACGCUUUCGGCUCCCGCUGCAGCCUUCUCAUGACCGGAACGUCGCCAUUCGCGGGCGCGUAUCAGUCGCCCUCGUUCCACUCUUCCUCUUACAUCCCUAAGAUGGAGGCUGAGUUCUUGCGACACUUUACGUGCUGCGACCAAGAGCUGGAAACGAUGCACGACCUAUUGCGUCAUUAUGAAACGGAACACACUGGCGUAAUUCAGCCGAGCAGAGCCGGCAACCAGAUGAGCCAAAGAAUACCUACCAGUAGACCCUCCAUCGCAAAUACUUCAAUGGACAAUGGGCGCCAGGGUUCGCAAGGGUUCCACACCCAGGCUCAUUUCAGUCUGGGCCAACAAAAUGGCGGCGCAAUAAAUAACGGUAUGGCCGGCAUGGGAUUUGGAGGUAUGCAAUUGGGAGGUCAGUCGGGCAUGAACCACUCGGCGCACAAGCAGUCCCAUUUGCUUAAUGUGCAAACCAACGACGAGCUGGACGCUAUUGCGGACAUGGAGAUGGACGACACCAUUGGCACCAUGGAGAUGGACGACAACAACCAGAGAACCAUCCAACAGACGCGCCAAAUGUUCGGUCAACAGCAGCGCCCGCAACUCCAGCUGAAUAUGAACAGCACCAGCAUGUCCCAGCAGGCAUUGCGAACCUCGCAACCAUCAACACCCGGUGCCACCGGUUUCGGCUUCCCCAACAACCCCACUGUCUCCUCUGUCAACACCCCAACAUUAACAACACAGCAAGCACUGGGCGGGCGGGCCGGUGCUGGUGCUCACGGCCUGGAUGAUGACCUCUCCACCGAUCUCAGUGCCAACAUGAACCUCAAUGACUUCUCAGGAUUCGGCCAAGAUCUGCAGUUCUUCAUCGACAAUCCCGCCAAGCAUCUGUACGAUCCGAGUGGCGCGUCUGCGCAGCAGCGCAAUCUUCAACAGCAGAUGGCUCAAUUCGGCCUGGACCAGUCUCAAUUCGGAGACAUUACGGAUCCCCACCAACUUGCCGUCCUCCAACGUGCCAUCAGCGCAAACCCAGCCGGUCUAAUGAUACCCAGAGAGGAGGACAAACCCUUCAAGUGCCCCGUCAUUGGAUGCGAGAAGGCCUACAAGAACCAAAACGGUCUGAAGUACCACAAACAGCACGGACACCAGAACCAGCAGUUGCAUGAGAAUAAGGACGGCACCUUCUCCAUUGUCAACCCGGAAACGUCUGCGCCGUAUCCUGGUGAACUAGGUAUGGAAAAAGAGAAACCCCACAAGUGCGAAUACUGCAACAAGCGAUAUAAGAAUCUGAACGGUCUCAAAUACCACAAGUCUCACUCGCCGGCCUGCGAACUUGCAGCUCAGGCUGCCGGGCUCCGAAGUGCCUUUGCCAACGCCGCUAACAACCCAAUGUCAAUGAACAUGGCCAAUGGACUGCCCGGCAUCGGCGAAGACAUGCAGAUGUAG